ACACAAACGCACCCCAACCCGGACAGCCCACUCCAUUUUCCAGACGCCCACCUCCCACACACUCCCCUCCCCUAAACACUCACCCACUCACCAUCUGCAGCCUUCCUUCCGCGCCCCGCCCUGCCGGCCCCGCUCCCCCUCCUCAAGAAGCAGACUUGCACAGUGGGAGGCAGGGACCCCCGCCAGACGGCCGCCCGGGUCGCGCGCGCCGCACUGACCUCAGCCCGCCCGGCCGGCGAACUAACAAAGGAGGCGCUUGAGCCCCGACCCGCGAGUAGUGAGUGGCGGCCGCGGGGGCGCCGACCCCGGUUCCGGCUGGCCGGGACGCGCCGACGGGACUGCUCCGGACUCACUAGGCGGCGGCGCCACUGAAGGACGCCGGCCUCGCCGCGCGCGCCGCUCGGACGCUGCUGGCACCAUGGGCUGCUGCACCGGGCGCUGCUCGCUCAUUUGCCUCUGCGCGCUACAGCUGCUCUCAGCACUAGAGAGGCAGAUCUUUGACUUCCUUGGCUUCCAGUGGGCUCCUAUUCUUGGAAAUUUUCUACAUAUAAUAGUCGUCAUAUUGGGUUUGUUUGGAACCAUUCAGUAUAGACCUCGAUACAUUGUGGUGUAUACAGUAUGGACUGCCCUCUGGGUCAUCUGGAAUGUAUUCAUUAUCUGCUUUUAUCUGGAAGUAGGUGGACUCUCUAAGGACACAGAUUUAAUGACAUUCAACAUCUCUGUCCACCGGUCAUGGUGGAGGGAACAUGGACCUGGCUGUGUUCGAAGAGUGCUGCCCCCAUCAGCCCAUGGGAUGAUGGAUGAGUACACGUACGUCUCCGUCACAGGCUGCAUGGUCGACUUCCAAUACCUGGAGGUCAUCCACAGUGCCGUCCAAAUACUACUCUCUUUGGUUGGUUUUGUGUAUGCCUGUUACGUGAUCAGUAUCUUCAUGGAAGAAGAGGACACCUUUGAUUUCAUAGGUGGACUUGAUACACACUCCUACUACCAAGAUCAUAUUGAGUUAAAGCCUGUUAAACCUGUCGAAAUAAGUAAUGACAUUGACUCUGAAAUGCGGCUGCUGAACUUGAGUUAG